AUGGCAGAUCAUUGUGCUGCUAGUAGCAGCUGGUCGGAGCUUCCCUGGGAUCUCCUCGAUUGUAUCCUGCAACACCUCGAGCUCCCCGAAGCACUCGCCGUCGCAUCCGUCUGCGCUCCAUGGCGCUCCGGCGCUGCGGCUUCGGGCGUCCCUCGUUCUAGCACGCCAUGGCUAGUGCUCCAGCCUGGAGUUCUUUCUCCUCACGAGAAAACGGCCACGGGAGAAACACCGCACAGCCAGUUCCGAAACCUCCUCGGUACCAACAAGAAGUACACGGUGAGUCUCUCGUCCCAGGGACGGAGUCACCUCGCUUGGUGUGGAGCCUCCCACGGCUGGCUCAUCGCCUCGGAAGAAAAGCUCCCGAGGUGCUCCAAUCUCCUACUGUACAACCCCUUCACGUUCGCCGCGAUCCCUCUCCCGCCCAUCACCGAUCUGGGAGGCGCCAUCACCACGGUCUACCACGACGACGGCGUAAACAUUAUAGGCUAUCACUACGAAGAGUAUGACGAAAUUUUAGCACGCCUGCCUCUUAAAUUUACCUCCAAGUUCUUCGACAAGGUGGUAUUGUCGUGCGAUCCAUCUCGCGGCGGUGCUGACUGCAUUGCCAUGGCCAUCUAUGGUCUGAAUCAGGUUUCUUUUGCGAGACCCAGCGAGAGCAGUUGGCGACUUGCUCCGAUUGCUCAGAUGGGCACAGAUACUUACGCCGAUUGUAUCUACCACAAAGGUAGAUUCUACGCGGUGACAAUGAAUGGGACGGUUGAGACAUGGGAUCUUGGUAUGGGGCCAGCGCAAGAUCCAAAGAAACACGUGCUCAUCGACACGGAGCCGGGGAUAAAAAAGUACAUGGGAAUACAUGCCAGGUUCUUGGUGUCUACUCCGUGGGGUGCUCUCCUGCAGAUACGAGUUCUACUGCACAACCAUAUCAAAUUCCGCAAUAGGAGGAUGAAGGUUGAGGUGCUUCAAGUCCACGUCGAGAAGCACAAGCUUGUCAAAUUAAGUCCUUCCACGGCCUUCCGAGAGCACGCGGUGUUUGUUGGGUUGAAUGAAUCUGCGUGCUGGUCAUAG